UCUUGUUGCUCGUAGCGAUUCUGGCGGCCGCCAUGCUGAGGGCGUCGUCGUACACGCACACGGACUGCGGGAUAGCGCAGACGGCGUUCGGUGAAUGCGUGCCGUACGUGGCCGGGAAAGACCCGUCGCUCUCACACCAGUGUUGCAGCGCCGUCAGGGACAUCAAGGAGCUGACACCCACGGCGAGGGACCGCCGGGCGAUCUGUGCAUGCCUCGUGCAAGAACUCAAAGAUGCCGGAGGUUCUGUCGACUCGUCAAAGGCCAAAGGCCUUGCGGGGGGUUGUGGCGUCUCCACCAACGUCAUCCCCACCAGCCUCAGCUUUGACUGCUCCAAGAUUGCAUGAAUCGGAAAAUACGUGUAGGAGGCUGAGAGAUGGAAGAGACAUUUAUAUGCAUGUCUCUUUGUGUUGGGAAAUAAAUCGAAUAAUAGUGAAUGAACUUUUGGCUGG